AGUAAUAUAAAUAGCAGGCAAGAACGAAAAAUGGCGACAAGCCACGACAGAAGACCAAUUCGGGAGGCAGUAACAAGGAAAACCAGAGGGAGAGAAUGAGUGGGGUUACAGCUUCCCCGCAAAUACUUAGCGCCUUUCUUCCUCAAUCCACCAGCUCCCUGCCCAAACCAGCCAUCGCCACCUUCAAGCUCACUAAACGCAAUACCCAGCUGGCCCUGAGUUCCGCCGGAGCGCGCCGCGGAACCAGCUUGAGAUGCAGCAGCGGCGGCACCGACCCCGGUUCUGAGGAGAAUGAGAGCAAGAGUGUACUGGAUGCCUUCUUCUUGGGGAAGGCUCUAGCGGAAGUGCUGAACGAGCGGGUUGAAUCCGCCGUCGGCGAGAUUAUGAGUACUAUUGGCAAGCUUCAAUCUGAGCAGCAAAAGCAAAUACAAGGCUUCCAGGAAGAUGUGAUUGGGAGAGCCAAGAAGGCCAAGCAAGAAGCUGCACAGACUACUUCAGUAGUUGAGGCAUCAACUGAUGAUGGUGAACUCCAAACUUUGGAGGUGGAGGUGUUGACAGGCGAAUGAACCUUUUUCCUAGGAUUACAUCUUCAGUCAGCCGCGGCCCCAUCGUCAUCUAUUUAAACGUCUUUCCUUCUACAAUUUUCCCUUUCCAAUUAUAUAGUAGUUCGGUUGUGUUGUGUUGUGUUGUGUUACUACCGUGUGUGUAACUUCUUCAUUCACACUCUCUUUUUCAUAUGAAAUAAAAUAUAUCCAAACCAAAUCUCUCUUCUUGAUUAGAUCGGUAGCUGAAAAAACCAAUAACAAAUCGAUUGGUCGGUCGGCUGCAGUCAUACAUAUUACAAAUAUGGAACUGAAAAAGGCAG